CACCACCUUCACCUCCACCACAGCCUCAUCCUCAUCCUCAACAACUCAUUGUCUAAUAUCGCAGUCAUUCGAAGAAAUACACGGUCGCUGCUACUUUCAUAGUCUGUGGGCUAGCGCCACCGUACUUUCGCUUCGCUUUCUGCGACCCGUGACAGCGCCAGGCUGCAACACAUCGUGCCGCGACACUUGUCUGAACUCAGCUUGCAUCUUCCAACCCCAACUCGAAGCGCUCGCGGAGAUGGGUGUCCCAGGUACGUCUUGCCUCCUUGCACAUAUUCUCCGUCGCUAACAGUCUUGCUAUCAGCUCUUUUCCGAUGGCUCAGCCAAAAAUACCCGAAAAUCAUCAGUCCUGUGAUCGAAGAAAAACCCCAUGAAAUCGAUGGCCAGGAGAUACCCGUUGAUACAAGAGGACCAAAUCCGAAUGGCGAAGAAUUCGAUAACCUUUAUCUCGACAUGAAUGGCAUUGUCCAUCCCUGUUCACAUCCUGAAGAUCGACCACCUCCAAAGGAUGAGGAGGAGAUGAUGUUGGCCAUUUUCAAGUAUACAGAUCGGGUCGUGAACAUGGUCCGCCCUAGAAAGCUACUGUUGAUUGCCAUCGAUGGCGUCGCGCCACGCGCCAAGAUGAACCAGCAACGUUCCCGACGAUUUCGGUCUGCCCAGGAGGCUCAGGAGAAAGCAGCAGACAAGGCUGAGUUGCUGAAAAUGCUGAAGUCGCAAGGCGGGCACAUAGAAGAGCCCGAAAUCAAGAAAGCCUGGGACUCCAACGAGAUCACUCCAGGAACGCCUUUCAUGGAUAUUCUAGCUGCCAGCUUGCGAUACUGGAUCUCUUACAAACUCAAUACGGAUCCAGCGUGGGCUAAGAUGAAAGUCAUCAUUUCUGACUCUACUGUUCCGGGUGAAGGUGAACAUAAAAUCAUGGAGUUCAUCAGAUCUCAACGCUCUUCCCCUGAUCAUGACCCCAACACACGUCAUGUAAUCUAUGGUCUCGAUGCAGAUCUGAUUAUGUUGGGACUGGGAACCCACGAGCCCCAUUUCCGUGUUCUGCGAGAGGAUGUGUUUGCGCAGGAUAGCAAGCCUCGUACUUGUCACAUGUGUGGCCAACCAGGACACGAGGCCAGAGAGUGUACAGGCAAAGCAAAGGUAAAGGACGGCGAAUUUGACGAGAAAGACAGUGCGCCAGCAUUGAAACCAUUCAUUUGGCUUCAUGUGUCAGUCCUCAGAGAGUAUCUAGCCGCUGAGCUCUAUGUCCCAGAUCAGCCCUACAGGUUUGACCUUGAGCGAGCUAUCGAUGACUGGGUGUUUAUGUGUUUCUUUGUUGGCAAUGACUUCUUACCGCAUCUUCCCAGUCUUGAAAUUCGCGAAAAUGGAAUCGACACUUUGAUUGCCAUUUGGCGCGAUAACAUUCCACACAUGGGCGGAUAUCUCACCAAGGAUGGCCAUGUUGACCUUGAGCGAGCCCAAUUCAUUCUCGACGGAUUGGCGAAACAAGAAGAUGCCAUUUUCAGAAGAAGAAAGCAGACGGAGGAUCGCCGGGAAGCCAAUGCAAAGCGACGUAAGCUAGAGGGCGACCGCGGUGGGCGGGGAGGCCGAGGUGGCAGAGGCGGCGGUUCCCAAGAUUCUCCAUCAAACGGAAGACAGAGCAGGCCUUCUAACCUUGCACCAGAAGGACUUCCCCUUUUUGCCCCAGGCGCAGGCAUUAGUAAGGAGGCAGCUGCUAUGACACAUGAUAUGGUUGUCAAUCGAGGCGCCAUCUACAAGGCAAACUUAGCUAACAAGAGUGCUGCGGCCGCAUUGAAGAGUCAAAUCAACGGAUCGGCUCCAGCCGAAGACGCCAAAGACAUUGCUACUGAUGGUACCGCCGAAUCACCAGCAUCUGCACUUGGGAAGCGUAAAGCUGAUAUGCUUGACGAUGACAGCAGCACUCCUGGACGUAACACACCCCAGCCCGGAACACCCAAGACACCGAGUGACGAGCCGCCACCCGACACUGUGAGACUGUGGGAUGAGGGUUACGCUGAUAGAUACUACGAGCAAAAGUUCGGGGUCGAUCCCAAGGAUAUCGAGUUUCGCAACAAGGUUGCAAGAGCCUAUGUCGAAGGCCUUGCAUGGGUUCUGCUCUACUAUUUUCAAGGGUGUCCAUCUUGGGAUUGGUAUUACCCAUAUCAUUACGCUCCUUUUGCUGCAGAUUUUUCCAAUAUCGCUGAUAUGAAAAUAUCUUUCGAAAAGGGUAGAAUUUUUAGGCCAUUCGAGCAGCUUAUGGGAGUGCUCCCAGCCGCUUCCAGGCAAGCCAUACCCGAAACAUUCCACGAUCUCAUGACCGAUCCGAAUAGCGAGAUCAUUGAUUUCUAUCCUGAAGAUUUCGUUGUUGAUCUUAAUGGCAAGAAGUUUGCUUGGCAGGGUGUUGCUCUUCUUCCCUUCAUUGAUUCUGAACGUUUGCUUAGCGCAAUGGCUAAGAAGUACCCGCUGUUGCCGCCCGAAGUUGCGGCUCGCAACGGCGUCGGCAAAGAUGUUCUUCUUGUUGCAGAGGCUCAUGAAGCGCUCUAUGCAGAUAUUGCUACAAACUUCUACUCAAAGAAACAGGGUCCCCCGCACUUUAAAUUGAAUCCAAGAGUCAGCGAAGGCUUGACUGGAAAGGUCGAGAAAAAUGAGUCUUAUUUACCUCAUGGCACCCUGACAUUUCCUCUAUCGAGUGGAGAGAUGCCGAGCCUAGACGAAGAUCGUUCAAUCAGUGUCCAUUACGAGAUGCCCAAGUCAAAGCAUCUUCAUAAAUCUAUGCUCUUGCGAGGUGUCACCUUCGCUACUCCAGCACUUACCCCCAGCGAAAUUGAAGAGACGAAUAAUAAGGCCGCUAGGUCAGGUCGAUCUCAUGGCGGCGUUCCACUGAGAGGCAAUGGCCGGGGCCGAAAUUCGUUCAACUAUGCGUCAUCCAACCAAUAUCGUGGAUCACACAACAGUCAGCAGGCGCGUGGACCCCCACCGCCACAGUAUCAAAAUCCAUUUCCCCCUCCACCCCCAGGCUGGACUCCACCUCAGCCUGGCAUGGCUGGAUUUGCUCGUGGACCUCCCCCACCACCUCCUGGCUAUGCAGCGUAUGGUAGUGGCCCACAGUCCAACUACUCUCAGCCGCCCAGCAAUGGCUACGGAGGCCAGCAGGUAUAUGGCGACUCUAAGUACAACGAUCGUCGUGCGGGCGGUAACUCCCACCGAGGAGAAGGUGGCUACGGUCAUGGGCGAGGGGGUGGAGGGUCGUAUCGUGGAAACUAUGGCGGUCGCUGA